AAAAGAUGGAAAAACUCGCGUGAUACUGCCGUGUUUGUUUUGGCGGAAUAAUUAACACACUCACGGAGACGAUUAUGUGACUUUUUACCACACUUGAAUGUACGGACUCUCCUAUGAGGACAUCGAGAAGGGCUUGCCGCACAUCGACACGUCCAAGACGCUCGUGCGCGACGUCUGUCCGCCCUUCCUGUCCGGCGUGGAGUGUCGUCCGGGCAAGUAUCGGCGCUUCGACGGGCUGUGCAACAAUCUGGACAAUCCCACGUGGGGUGCCGCCAACACACCCUUCCAGCGCCUCGUGGGGCCCCUCUAUUCGGACGGCAUCAACGCGCCCAGGAUCAGCGUGACGGGACACGAGCUGCCCUACUCGCGCGUCGUGUCCAGAACCAUGCAUCCGGACGACGGCUUCCACGAUCACGCCGGCACGGUGAUGGUGAUCGCUUGGGGACAAUUCAUGGAUCAUGAUUUCACACUCACGGCCACACCACUGGAUCCGAUCAAUCGCAAUGAUCCCGAGGAGUGCUGCAAGCGACCGCCGCACCUCAAGCAUCCCUACUGCAAUGAGAUCCGCGUCCCCGACGACGACUACUUCUACCGUCUGUUCAACGUGAAGUGCAUCGACUUCGUCCGGGGCUUCCCGUCGCCCAGACCAGGAUGCAGACUGGGCUCCAGGCAGCAAUUCAACACGCUUACCGGCGUCAUUGACGGCAACACAGUUUACGGCGUAACGGAGAAGUUUGCCAGGAAAUUGCGAGCAGGAUUUGGCGGGCUGAUGCGCAUGAAUCCGGUGUUUGCCGAGUACGGACUGAAGGACAUGCUGCCGCUGAAGCUGGACAUCCCGGACGAGGGAUGCACGAGGCCCAACAAGAGCAUGUUCUGCUUCGAGGCCGGAGAGAUUCGAGUCAAUGAGCAGCUCGUCCUCACCUGCAUGCACACUCUCAUGGCCAGGCAGCACAACAAGCUCGCCACGGAAUUGGCUCAGAUCAAUCCUCACUGGGACGACGAGACACUUUUCCAGGAAUCGCGACGCAUCAAUAUCGCCAUCAUCCAGCACAUCACUUUCAAUGAGUUCCUGCCGAUUCUGCUGGGCAAGGAGGUGAUGGAGAAGUUCGGUUUGGUGCUGGAGAAGGAGGGCUAUUGGGAUGGCUAUGAUAAUCACAUCAAUCCGGCCAUCAUUGACGCCUUCGCGGCUGCCGCCUUCCGCUUCGGUCACUCUUUGCUGCCCACAGCCGUCGAGCGCUGGUCCAAGGCGCACAAGUUCAUCGCCUCGAAGCGUCUGUCCGACCUCAUUCGUCGUCCCUACGAUCUGUACCGCGCCGGAGUGUUUGACGAGUACUUCAUGGGACUGAUGAAUCAGGUGGCGCAGGCGAUGGACGACUCCAUCACGCAGGAGGUGACGAAUCAUCUGUUCAAGAAGGAGGGCAAUCGCUUCGGCAUGGAUCUGGUGUCGUUCAACAUGCAGCGCGGCAGGGAAUUCGGACUGCCCGGAUAUAUGGAGUUCAGGAAGUUCUGUGGCCUGCCGACGUCCCACACGUGGGAGGAGAUGUUCGGCUCGAUGCCCAAUGACACAAUUCGCCGAUACGAGAGCAUUUUCCAGCAUCCUGCUGACAUUGAUUUAUGGUCCGGCGGCGUCUCCGAGAGAUCACUGCCUGGCUCCAUGCUCGGGCCCACCUUCGCUUGCGUCAUCGCCACACAGCUGAGCUACUUGCGGCGCGGCGACCGCUUCUGGUACGAAUUGCCAAAUCAGCCGUCGUCCUUCACGCCGGAGCAACUGCAGGAGAUCAGGAAGAUCAAGCUGUCGCGCCUGAUCUGCGACAACACCGAUCUCAUCGACACCAUCCAGAUCUACCCAAUGGUUCUGCCUGACCAUGAGAUAAACCCCCGAGUGCCAUGCAAGAGUGGAAUUAUUCCAUCAAUCGACCUGACCAAGUGGGCAGACUAUGGACAUUCAUCAGACUACUCACCUCAUCAAUAUCAAUAUUUCAAUGAGCUUCACGAUACCGUGGUAAGCUUCAAGAAGUAAAACCCAUAGCACGAUCCAACCCAGCACAGAGACACACAAAAUGUAUAAAGAGAAAGGCCCGGUGCACCAAAUUCUGUACAAAACUCCCCCAGUUUUGCCCUGAGGAAUUGUGGUUGAGCGGAUUUGAUGGCGUUGUGAUUGGGUUCUUUUUGGCGUUUGAGGGCACCAAAAAUGGGCAACGGAGCUUCCAUGUGAAGUGCGAUUUCCCUGUAAAUUCCACGGAGAUUUUCCCCCCCAAAAUCCUUUUUCAUUUAAUUUUAUAGACAUUCACUCAUUCGACAGUUAAUGCAUUUUUUUUUGUAAUUAUUUAUUUCUCCUAUUAUUUCUUCAUUUUGCCAUUUUUUUACGUCUCUUUUUGAUUUAACUGAUAAAAAGAAGUAGCAUUUAUGGAAUGACAAUUUGUGGGUGGUGUAAAGUAGAUUUUCUUUUUUCGAUAAUUGACACCCUUUAGAUUUGUAGUUUUACGCAUUUUCCUUUCACACUGUUUCUUCCUUUUUUUUCCUUUUGUACAGAAAGUUUAUGUAUUUUUUACACUAUGUAGUUGGAGUUAAUUUUUUCAGCAUGCGAAAUCACCCUUCUUUCUUCCUAUAAACUUUCCUCCAUUAUGUUUGAGACAUGAAAAAAUCCCCUGUAUAAAUGUAUUAUUUGUCCAAAUGUACAUGAAAGAUUUUGUAAAUAUAAAUAAAUGUGAGAGAAGUGAGUAAAUUUCGCCCGCAGAGUAGCUAAGAUAAAUGGGAAAUCUUUCAAUUUAGCCAUUCUAUGCCAACAAUUACCUGAGUUUCAAGCGGAAGAAGCGCAGCGCCGACAUGGAGGGUGAUGAGUAUCACCUGUACACUGUCUACGGCCCACCCAGUGUCCGGAACAGCACGAGGAGCAAGCCUGGGCGGCGGAAGAAGGUGUCCAGCACCAUCACAGAGGCGCCCAAGGAGGCGCUCGAGGCGGCGGAGCUCGCCAAUGAUGAGUUCUUCUUCAGGAACAUG